AUGUCUCUCACUACAUUCAUUGUAUUGUUGGCGUUGAUUCUAUCGGUAUCGAUUGCACACGAAGAAACAUCGGUAGACCAUGAUAUUAGACAAGCACUCUCCACACUUCACAAAGUUAGAUCUGAAAAGAUAUCUUGUGACCUCUGUGAAUUAGGUGCCACCUUAUUAGAUGGUUAUUUAGCUAGAAAUGCUUCAAUUGAUGAAGUUAUCAAGGGAGCAACAGACAUUUGUAUCACCCUAAAGAUUGAAUUGCCUGAUGUUUGUGUCGGUAUUAUGAAUGCCUAUGCCGGUAUUGUUUACAGUGUUCUUAUUUUAUCAAAUAUUAAACCAAUUGAACUUUGUGAUAAAUUAAAAUAUUGCUCAGCUCAAGAUACUGCAGCUAACAAUGUACAAAAUGGAUUGUUCACAAGUGAGUUGGACCAAAUCUAUGGUAUGGCUUCGUUGGUACAAAACAGUCGUCGUAAGACCGAUUACUCGAAACAACAACCAAAGUUGAGCACUCCAUUCACCGGUACCGGUUACAUUUUGCAAUUGACCGAUAUCCAUUUCGACCCACAAUAUCUCGAGGGUUCCGAUCCAAACUGUGGUAAGCCACUCUGUUGUCGUAAUGGUACUGGUGAUGCCGGUUACUUUGGUCACUACCUCUGCGAUAUUCCAUUGAGAACCGUAAAGUUGAUCUUUGACGGUAUCCUCAACGUCUCAAAGACCAUGCCAAUCAGCUUUGUUGCCUGGACCGGUGACAACCCCCCACACGACGUCUGGAUGCAAAGCGAAAGCAAACAGAUCUCUGCCACCCAGGUGCUUGCAGAGUUGGUCAACACCUACUUCCCAUCGACCCCGGUUUUCCCAUCGCUCGGUAAUCACGAAGCCUGGCCAGCCGAUCAAUUCAUCCUUCCAAAACAACAGUGGUUGCUUGAUUCGCUCUAUGAAAACUGGGCUCCAUUCCUUGGUGCCGACGAGUUGUCCUCCGUCAAGAAAGCUGGAUACUACACUUUGUUGCUCCAGAACGGACUUCGUAUCAUCUCGCUCAACACUCAAGACGCCGAUAUGAUCAACUUUUACAAUCUUCUCCAAGAGUCCAAUAUGAACAUUCCAAACAACCAAACCGAUUGGUUCAUCGAUGUUUUGGAACAAGCCGAAUCCAACCAAGAGAAGGUUAUCAUCCUCGGUCACAUCCCAUGCACUUUAAAGUCGGCAUCGAACGACCAAUGGUGCUCAAUCUACAGAUCGAUCGUCGAGCGUUUCUCUGGUAUCAUCUCUGCUCAAUUCUACGGACACACUCACUACGACCAGCUCGUUGUAUUCUCUGAUACCGCCACCAGCUCCAAGCCAACCGGUAUGAACUACGUCGCUCCAAGUAUGACCACCUACCAAAAUCACGAACCAGGUUUCCGUCUCUACGAGUACGACUUUGAUAACCUCCAAGUUACCAACUACUUCCAAUUCCACACUAAUCUCUCAAAGGCCAACGCCGAUGGAACUCUCGAAUUCACUUUGGCUUACAGCGCCAAGGAACUCUUUAGCAUGUCGGAUCUCUCCAAUGAAUCAUGGUGGACCGUUGCCAACCAGUUCAAGACCAACAUGACUCAAUUUAACAACUAUUACCAACACAUUGCAAACUCACCAAUCGUUAAGCCAUGUGAUGAGACUUGCCACAUGAAAUGGGCAUGCGAAGGAAUUAUUGUCUUGGGUUUUGUUUCAGAUGAAUACCAUAAAGUGAUGAGUUUGGAUGAGGUAAACACAAUAUAG